AUGGCUUCCAGCGGGGUCGGUGUGAAUGCUGGCAGCUCAGCAAAUGAAGCUCCAGAAAUUCCAGACAACUUUGGAGAAUGGCUUCAGGGCAUCUACCGCUUCGCCACCGAUAGGAAUGAUUUCUGGAGGAACUUGAUCCUCAAUUUGGGACUUUUCGCUGCAGGAGUUUGGCUGGCCAGGAAUUUGAGUGACAUUGACUUAAUGGCACCUCAGCCAGGGGUGUAGCCAAAUAGACACAUGGAACCGAGAUGUACUUGAACCUUCCAAACACAGA